AUGGUGCUCGGCCUCGCGCGCCAGUCACCCGCAUCCUGGCACGAGGAUCGCCUCAGAGAGGAGAUCCAAGAACGCGAUGCCGCAGUCACCCUCGUGGAGCGGCUCAGCGAGAGCUCCGACGUCAUCUUCACAAUCAGCCGCGCCCAAUACGAUGGCUUCUCGGUCGGCGACCUGCCUCCCCUCGCCACCCUGCACAAUGCGCCGGUCUACGCUUUCAUGCUAGGAAAGUUCACCAUGCGCUGGGCUUUCUAUCGGACGGCGGCCUACCUCUGCGGCGCACCCAACUGGAAGUCCAUCUGCGAGGUCGUCAACCCCGCUAAGGACAGCAAGCUGGAGCAGGUUGCGCUUCGCCACGACAUCGACCCGGUCGUCUUCGUGCGUGUUGGCAACAAGUUGCGUCCGUUCUUCCCUCUUUUGCCGUAG